GGGGCCGGGCUGGGCAGGCCCGGGCGGGGCGCACGACUGCUCUGGGCGGCGAUGGCGGCGGACGGGGACUGGCAGGAUUUCUAUGAGUUCCAGGAGCCGGCCCGGAGCCUCCUGGACCAGGAGAACUGUAACGCGAGCCCCGAGGCCGGGGAAGGGGCAGGGGCAGGGGCGGGGGCGGGGGCGGGUGUGGGGGCGAGCGGGGGCGCCGACGGCUUCCCGGCGCUGGCCUGCUGCUUGGAGGAGAAGCUGAGCCUGUGCUUCCGCCCCUCGGAUCCAGGCGCCGAGCCCCCGAGGGCGGCCGUGCGGCCCAUCACGGAGCGCAGCCUCCUGCAAGGGGACGAGAUUUGGAAUGCCCUGACAGAUAAUUAUGGGAAUGUGAUGCCUGUAGACUGGAAGUCAUCCCAUACUAGGACCUUGCACUUGCUUACUCUGAACCUCUCAGAAAAAGGGGUAAGUGACAGUUUGCUCUUUGAUGCAUCAGAUGAUGAGGAGCUGAGAGAGCAGCUGGAUAUGCAUUCAAUCAUUGUCUCCUGUGUGAAUGAUGAACCCCUCUUCACGGCAGACCAGGUUAUUGAAGAAAUUGAAGAAAUGAUGCAGGAAUCACCGGACCCAGAAGAUGAUGAAACCCCUACACAGUCAGAUCGGCUUUCAAUGCUUUCCCAGGAAAUUCAAACUCUUAAGAGGUCUAGUACCAGCAGUUAUGAAGAGAGAAUAAAAAGGCUCUCAGUGUCCGAGUUAAAUGAACUCCUGGAAGAGAUUGAGACUGCCAUUAAGGAGUACUCGGAGGAGCUGGUGCAGCAGUUGGCCUUACGAGAUGAACUGGAGUUUGAAAAGGAAGUGAAAAACAGCUUUAUUUCUGUUCUUAUUGAAGUACAAAACAAACAGAAAGAGCACAAAGAAACAGCAAAAAAGAAAAAGAAACUAAAAAAUGGCAGCUCUCAAAAUGGGAAGAAUGAGAGAAGUCAUAUGCCUGGCACACGCUUCAGCAUGGAAGGGAUCUCAAAUGUCAUUCAGAAUGGCCUCCGCCACACCUUUGGAAAUUCAGGUGGAGAGAAACAGUAUUUGACUACAGUCAUUCCUUAUGAGAAAAAAAAUGGACCGCCAUCUGUUGAAGAUCUUCAAAUAUUAACAAAAAUUCUUCGUGCCAUGAAGGAGGACAGUGAAAAGGUUCCGAGCUUGUUAACUGAUUAUAUUCUGAAAGUUCUGUGUCCUACAUAAAGCAGCAUUACUUCAGGAGCAGCAGCUUUACCUGCGGUGGGACUCGGAGCUAGACUUCCUACAGCACUAUCCUCAAAGCUGGCCACCAUGACCUUCUUGCUAUUGGAAACUCGGCACAUUUGAACUUGGGUUUGAUUCAGUAUUAACAGAUCUUGGCUUCACUAAUUCUUUAUAUUAUACAACCAGUGGAAAUAUGGGCACUAUUUUGAAUUCUAGAGAUGGUUUUUAAAUCUACUAAUAAUUAUGAACUGUUCUUAGUAGAGAGAGUAAUAUUAAUUGUGCAUGUGCAGUUAUAUUUCUCAUUAACUGACAGUAUGCCCAUUUGUUUUUAUGGCUUUCUCAUCUACACUGCACUGAUGAACUAGAUUAAAGCCUUGGGAGAUUUGUGCUACAGAUUCAGUGAUAGCAAGAACCAGCACCAAUUUUUGUGAGAAUUGUCAGUAUAAAUAUUACCUACCAGUAUUGUUCAGAGAGACUGAAAUAAACUUGGGCUGUUCUUGAAGAGGCAAAACCAGAAUAUGCAUUACAGUGGCUAAUACUUAGUGAACACCGAAACUGUUGGUGAUGAUGGAUUUUAUAGCUUGCUGCUUGUUUCACCAUUGGUAAAAUUUUAACCGUUAAAUUGCCACUUUUAGAAUCUUGUAUUAACUUUUGCUGUUCCAAUGUUCUGCUUCAUGUCUGUGAAUUGUACUUGAAUAGUUUGUAUCCUCUGAGGUGCUUAAAGUGUAUCCUGCAGAACUGCCCAUUCCCAUGACUGUCAUAUUUUAUUCAUGCCUGUGUGUUUUUCUUAAGUCUGAAUUCUAGAAACAGCUACUUACGGGUUCAUCAAUAUCAUAAGGGCUUUUGCCAGUUCCAAUCAAAUCAAUGGCAUUUAAUAAAUUUUUUAAAAAGUAAAAAUAGUGUAUGUUUGAGAGCUAUGUAUUUGGGAGUUUGUCUUGUAUUUUUUUUUUCUUACAGUGCUAGAUUUCUUUCCCUUAAUUCCACGCAGAGCUCAUCACUACAGUGUGUGAGCAGGCGAAACCCUGAUGAGUCCCAUAAUGCUAUGGAGGGGAGAGAGGACUUUUAGAGGAUGCCGAGGUGCUGUGGAAUGAUUGAUAGAAGUCCUGCUCUUUCUUUUUCUGGGUCUGUGAGACAUUCCAAACAGCCAUGCAGCCCUGUACCACAGACAACAUGAAUGAACUUAAGAGUCUAUCUGGGACCUGCUACACGAGGCUUUCCCAAUUCCACUUAAACAGCUGUGAGCAAACAGGGCUGUGUGUACUCCUCACUCCACUCAGCAACUGAGACACCAUGACUACAAAGGCAGGAACUUGGUUUGAAGUAUAAUGCCUGCUUGGCAUUUCAGCUGUGAUCCAGGUAGGAGAAACUUGAGAUGGUUUCCUUGUUUUAUGAAUGUUCUUAGGUGGAACUUACUGGCCCCUUCCCCAUGAAUUGAAGAUACAUACUUACACAGUCAUAUUAACAAAUUAAUUUGAUGUGACUUUGUAAAAAUGAUGCCUUGUACUGAAGAAAGGUAGUUUUAUGGGAUAUAUAACACAGCAGAAAGUUUUUUGGGGAUUUUUUUUUUAAAGUUUCAACAGUGAUCUGUUUAUAGCUCAUUCUUAAAUUGAUGCUUCUAAAGUGUAUGAAAAUAUCCCUGUUUUUUCCUACCAGCUCAAAAUCCCUUUGUAGUUAGGCUUCCCCUGAUUUUGCUUGGUAAAGUCUUUCUUCUUCAGGAUCAAACUGCUGUUGGGUUGCCCACCACAAUCCUCCUGUGCAUAACAAGUUAGUUUUGAUACUAGCUAUGAGCAUGUUUCUGGCAGCAUGUAGGCUUCUUGUCUCCCUAAAAACAGCACCCCCAUGCUGUGUACUCUGAGAGACACUUUUCUUUUUGCAAGGAUUCCUUGGGAAAGACCUGCCUAAUGAGAAAAGCAUGGGGACUUCUUGUGACACCAGAGGUUCAUUGGACUGAUGACCUUACAAGGACAGUUUGUCUUUGGGAUCCCAGAGAUGGAAUCUUUUUGAAAGUUACACCGUGUGAUUUCAACUCAAAAUGUUUAUUUCCUGCCAAGAAUGAAGUUGCAAAUAAUUCUCUUACAGCUUUGUUUUUUGAAGAAAACAAAAACAAACUGUAGAACUAUGGUGCACUCCAAGUGCCAUAUAUCUAUUUUAUUCUUCAGGAAAUUAUAUUUUUCUUUUACAAGAGUACAACAGGAACCAAAAAGUAAAAGAGUAAUAGAUACAGCACUCAGGAUAAAUCAUAUCUUUAAAAUAAUAAAAAAAAUUUACACCUUGUCCUAUAUCCUGUUAGUAUUUUCAUAAUAUGGCCAUGAUUGAAAAAACAAAAAGCAAGCAUCUACAAUUUUUUUGAUAGAGACUUUUUAUGCCAGGAAUGGAUUAAUUACCAACAAAAUUUAUACUAAUCAGGCUGAUGUCAAUCUAUUUUGGUAACAUAUUAGCAAAUUUAUUUUGGAAAAAGAUAAAAAUAUUGCCCCUUGAUAAUAAAUCUUUUUUUCCUUUGAUGCAAACAGCUAGAACACCUUUUUCUUUUUCUUUUUGAUAUUCUAAGACAAAAAAAUGGUUAAUCUUCAGAUUAAUAAAUUAGGUCAUUAUAAUAAUAAAUUAAUUUUUUUUUAAAGUUCAGCAACCUCUGUCCAAGUAUUUACAACAAUACUUGAAAGUUCCUUUACAAAACAGAACACAUUUUCUUUUCACAUUAAGCAUACUGGGUAUCUGUGUCUUUCACAACAAGCAUUUUUAAAAGAAAACUCAAUGCACAAAUGGGUUAAUUAGUAUAAAAGUGCUAAGGGCUGUUUGAAAAGUUAACACUAUAGUGUACAGUCAGUUAUAUUUGAGGCAUACUACAACAAACUUCCAGCUUAUUGUGGACAAUAUUCCAGUAGUUGUUUCAAACCAUUGUUUGAAAAAAAAAAAAAAUCCAGGAGCU